AUUCCUUUCUCUCUCACAAAGUCUUUCUCUUUCCUUCAUUCCUUCUCGUCUUUGUCAUCUCCUCCAAAUACUCUCUUCCUUUGUGUCGGCUCCUUGUUUCCCCAAAAACCCUUGCGGAAAAGGACCCAUCUUUCUUUGUUUUGCCUCGGCUUUUCGCGGAUCUCUUCUGGGUUUCUCUUGCUUUUUCUUCCGGGUGAGUUUUGUAACUCGAGCUGAGUCAACCCUAGGGUUACAAAGAUUGAAUUUUUGUUUUUGUUUUUGUUUUUGUUUUGUUUUGUUUUUUUUUUUCCCGUUUUGUGAUUGGGUUUGUUGUUUGCUUGCGUGGUUUGGUUCUGAAAAAUGGUAGGAAAACUAACGGGAAUUUCGUGUUUUCUCUUGGGGAAAGUUAUUUUAGUUAGAUUUUGUGAGACUCAGUCUUUUUCUGUUACCAGGACAAUAAAAUGUUUGUGGGUUCAUGAUAUAAUUUGUUAAAAUUUCCUACCUUUGUAGGAAAACAGAAAGGGUUUUUGGUAGAUGAAGCUUUAUUUUUUUAUUUUUGCUUGUUAUGGUGUUGAUUGCAGCUUGUACCAGUGAAGGUGGAUUUUGGGGAAUUUUCUGGUAAAAAUUUGUGAACUUAGAGGGUUUUAUUAUUUAAAGUUCGAGGUCUGGGUCUCAUGAGAAUUGUUAGGGGGAUGCAGAGAUCGUUUCGUGAGGAGAGGAACGAGCUGGGCUGGAAGAAAUCAUUCAGCCAAGGGAUUGGCUUGAUCACACCCAAGGCAAGAACACGUGAUAAACCUAUAAGUAGGGUUUUGGGUCUCUAAAUUUUGGGGUUUUGGAACCGGAUCGGGAUUGCGGUUUCUAAUUAAGGGCAACAUACGUACAUCACAACAAUGACUCGCAUUUUGGUUCAACGAGGAUCAGCUGGUAGCUCUUCUUCAAACUCAAGCCGUGCUUCCUUGCCCGUGCCUUCUUCUCGAGCAGAGCAACAGACUUCCACUCCACAGGUUCUUUCAGAUGUGAAAGAUGAGGAAAUUGGAGAGGAAGUGCUGGAACAAGUUGUAGAUGAGCCUCUGGAGAUUUAUGGGAGUGGUGACAGUAAGGCUGUUAAAAGUGAUGAUCUUCUCUUGGAAGAUUUGCAUGGUGAUAGAAAUGAGGGUUUGGGUGAUGGAGUUGGUGACUCUGAGAAACUGAAGAUGGAUGAUGCUAUUAUAGGUACAAGGGAAAUGAUAAGUGACUUGGGUGGAUUGAGGAUAUCAGAACAAAAUUCAGUUGAGAGUGAAAGGUCUAGGGGUGAUCCAUCGCCAAUCAGUAUUGGAAGUCCACAUCCGCCACCACCUCCUGUCCCUCCUCCAAAAACUUCUCCUGCAAGCUCAAAUUCAAGGAGAUCUAUCUCUGGAAGUUCGAAUUCUGCACGCACUGUAUCGACUAGAAGGGCAGUUGCCUGGCCUAUUGUUUCUGCAAGGACAUCACCAUCUGGAUCUCGGCCUUCUUCUCCUAGGUCUCAUGCUGAAAGUGAGGGUUACAACAGUGCUGAUGAGCAAAAUCCCUGCUUUGUAUCCUCCUAUGAUGAUUUGGAACGUGAGAGUCAGUUUGAAGUUGAUAUCAGAAGGGCCAAAGGUCUGGAAGUCAAACGUAUGUUGGAGGAUGGGAACUGUCUCUUUCGUGCUGUUGGAGAUCAAGUAUAUGGGGACUCAGAAGCCUAUGAUCUGAUCAGACAAAUGUGCAUAGAUUACAUGGAGCGAGAGGGGGAUCACUAUUCUCAUUUUAUAACUGAAGGUUUUACCUCUUACUGUAGGAGGAAAAGAAGAGACAAGGUCUAUGGGAAUAAUGUAGAGAUUCAAGCUUUAUCAGAAAUGUAUAACAGGCCUAUCCACAUUUAUUGCUAUAGCACAGAACCUAUAAACAUAUUUCAUGGGAACUACAACACAGACACCCCUCCCAUAAGGUUGAGUUACCAUCAUGGGAAUCAUUACAAUUCUCUUGUUGACCCACGUAGGUUGACAGUUGGUGCUGGACUUGGAUUUGGUUGUCUUCGAGGGAGGAAUGUGGAUAAGGAUCAAGUAAAGGCUGCUAUUAAAGCUCAACAAGACCAACAGAUUGAUAAUGCACUUCUAGCUGAGGGGCGUUUUUAUUCUGAUCUUGAGCUUACAGAGAAAGAAAUUGAAAGAAUGGUUAUGGAAACAUCUCGUGCUGAGUACCUUUCUAAUGACAAGUUCAAGCAGCAUAUUGGCCAUAAGGAAUCAUCAACUUCCAGUGCUGAACCAUCAUCUUCUGGAGCCAGAUCAUCUGGCAGCAAAACCAAUCUGGAAAGUUGGAAAGAGCAGGAUAAUGCACUGAGCAGCAGUAUGCAGAUAUUGUUGUCAAUGGGAUUCAGCUAUCUGCAGGCAAUAGAAGCAUACAGCAUAUUCGGGGAUGAUGUUGAUUCCAUGGUCUGUUAUCUCGUAGAAACCAGCAACAGCAGCAGGCGCAAAGGCAAGGCCACAGAAUGAAUACAAACACUGAUCUGCAACACAAGUGUAGGGUGUGUGUGGGACAAAAAGGAUAGUUGUAGCUGUUGAUUGAAAUAAGAAUAGUUUAUUUUUCCGCAAAGCAAGUCAGACACUUAGAUGUGGUGUUAAAAUUAAAGUCAAUAAAAAGAUUGUUUAGCUGAAUAUUUUAAUUC